AUGCAAGAAAUCGUGUCCGCUCUUCCAUACCAACUGAAAGUGAACGCGAUGCGGGACUAUAACUCGGGGUCGGGAAUUCGUGCUAUUGGUGUGUACAAAUGCAGAAGUCGUAUUGAUCCCGAAAGAAAGUUUAGCUUCGAUGACUAUAGGGCCAUGUCCAUAGAUGGCGUAGAACUGUUCUUUCUCAUUGAAGCACACGACUACUCUUCUCUUCGUCAAAAAAUGUUUCAAAUUCGCCCUCGCACUGAUCAUGUCAAUGCAAGGUUUAUCCGGCCCAUCAGCUUCAAAAUCCUUUCAAUUGAUUCCCACAUAAAUCGACUCUAUGAAACCAAGAAUACGGAGGGACUUGAAAGCAUUGCUGCAAGUGUACGGAAGGCGUGUGAUGAUGUGGAAAAGCACGCUAUGGACAAGUUGGAGCCCGUGGCACCACGGAUGGUAGCUCGGAAUGCUCCAGAGAUUGGGGCAAGUACGACCCUUCUGUUAAGGCCUCUAACUCACGACCAACCCGAUACGACAGAAGCUUUGCGGGCGGUGGUCCAACAGGUGAGACAAGAUAUUGCCUAA